CGAUGUGAACAACAUGUUGCGCGACGCCAAGACGGCGUCCGACCAGAAGGGCAGCCAUGUUGUUGCAAUGCCGAAGCAAACGCGUCAUAGCCUGCAACAAACAGAUGAGAACGAAUCACAAACUUCGAGCGUCGAAUUACUUCGCUUUGUGGAUGAUGAUAAUGAGGGCGACAAUGACAAUGAGCUGGAACUGGAACUGACCAAGGACGAGGGCGAUGGCGAUGGUGAACGAGGAAGGGAGAAGCAAACACUUGACACCUUGACACUGAACGAUCAAGUGCGUCUCUUGAGCAAGCAAUUGAACGCUUUAAUGACACGUCGUCGUGAGGAUUACGAAAUGUUGGAGCAUAAUUUGCGAAAAUCCUUGCGGCUGACCACAGAUGCGGCUAAUGUUGAUGCGGAUAUGCGCAGCGAAUUGGAACAGUUGAGGCGCGAGGUGCAAGCUCUGCGGGAUGCGCAGAGCUCGGCCAACAAGGAACGCCUCACGGUCGAGUGGCUGCAACAGUCGAUUUCGGAGAUACGAAAGCAGCUGGUGGAACUGCAGCGCACUGCGGGCACUGUGGCCAAGGACAUGCAAGUGCGGAGCACAGGCUACGAGGACUUGGCCACUAUACGCAAUGACUUCCAGCAAAUCAAAUUGGAGUUGGCAGCGCAACGUGAGCGACAACAACAGAAUGAGGUACUCGUUCAGGAACUGCGCGAGGAGUUGCUGCAGCAGGAGGAGGAUUACAGACGAUUGCUGAACAAGCAGGAGCAACAGAAACAGGAAAAGCAUAAUCAUUCGGCCAGUGUUGAGGAGGACAGCGCGAGUCAGGAAGUUGAGUCAAGCAGCGAUAUGAUGGCAGAUCACAAGCGCCGCCAUUGCCGAUUCCAGCAUCAACAAAUCCACGAGCUGCAACUUUCCCAACGUAGCCUGAGGCGACAGGUGAACGAACUAAAGUAUCAUCGCAUUGAUGAGCGUGUGCGGAGCCUCGAGCUCGAGCAGCAUCGCAUUGCCAAUGCCAAUUUCAAUUUGAGCCGGCAAAUCGCCUCGCUCGACAAACUGCACACAUCGAUGCUGGAACUUCUAGAGGAUGUAGAGGGGCUGCAAACCAAAAUGGACAAAAAUAUUCCCGAGCUGCGUCAUGAAAUUUCAAAACUGGAGUUCGCCAACGCACAAAUCAGCUCUGAGCAGAACAUGGUGCGCGAAGAGGUCAAGAAUGCGGCUCGCUCCCUUCAGGCCAUGGCUGUAAGUGUGAGCGCAUUGCAGGAUGAGCGCGAGGGCGUGAAAAAGCUGAUGGGUACAGUCGAGCAACUACAAACCAGUGUCGAUCGCGUCCAGUCGCUAGUAAACGCCGAGCUGAGCAAUAAGCUUUCCCAUGCCAAUAAGCCACACAAGCGUGCCCAUCAUCAGAUGCAGCAACAGCAGCAUGAACCGCAUACGUCAGAUCUCAGCCUGGAUGAUAAUGUUGAUAGUGCGUUGGCGGAGACGCUGGUCGCAGAACUGGAGAAUGUGGAGGCACAGUAUGAGGCCAUAAUUAACAAAUUGCCACAUGAUUGCAGCGACGUGAGUACGCCGGCCGAUGGCCUGCAUCUGAUUGCACCCGCCGGCCAGCAUCAUCCACUGAUGACUCACUGCACAGCCGACGGCUGGACGACUGUGCAGCAGCGCUUUGAUGGCAGCGCCGACUUCAAUCGCUCCUGGGCGGACUAUGCGCACGGCUUUGGCAUGCCCGGUGGCGAGUUCUGGAUUGGCAACGAACAGCUUCAUCAUCUCACACUGAACAACUGCACGCAACUGCGCGUACACAUGCAGGACAUUUACGACAACAUCUGGGUGGCGGACUAUGCCAACUUCUAUAUAUCGUCACGUGCUGAUGGGUAUCGCCUGCACAUUGGCGACUAUAGUGGUAAUGCGUCUGACGCGCUCAACUAUCAGCAGGGCAUGCAGUUCUCGGCCAUUGACGACGAUCGCGACAUCUCACAGACGCAUUGUGCUGCUAACUAUGAGGGUGGCUGGUGGUUCUCGCAUUGUCAACACGCCAAUCUAAAUGGGCGCUACAACCUUGGCCUGACUUGGUUUGAUGCGGGACGCAACGAAUGGAUUGCGGUCAAGUCAAGUCAAAUGCUGGUCAAGCGACGGCCGAGUGCCGAAUGCGCGGCGUCGUUGACAAUACUGUCUGGCCAAGACACGUCCACCACGACAGAGACAGCGACAAGUGUGACAUCACCCGGUCUGGCAACCACUAGCACCACUGUGGUACAAUUUGUUGCUGCUGCUCAGGCGUAAGCAGUUACAGGCACUCCGUUGAGCACAGACGCGGGCCAGAGCUAGAACCACCAGAGCCAUGCCUACUAUAGUUUGGAGUGCGGUGAUUGUGUGUGAGAGAUCGUAGGUAUGUCUGUAUGUGCGUAUGAGUACAAUUGUAUGUGUGCGUGUGUGUGUGUGGAACGCAAUCGGUGCGUUCUAAAACUACUAUAUGUUUAUUGUAAAAAUAUGAGCUCUAAGAAAUAGAGCAUUUAUUUUUUAAUUAUUACUGUAUUAGGUUUUGUACAUAGUUAGACGAGCAACUUGCUUAUACUUUAGUUAAUACACAUUCCAAGGGAGCUUAUUGGCCUCGUCAGCAUGCCAAGUAGCAAGUCUAGCGAUAGCUACAAUACUGGCAUGACACACCAGGCGUAUGCGUAAUCUAAGCUACGUUUAAUGAGAGUACAGAAAUCGUGAGCGUUUCUUGUAUUUAUUUUCAUUAUGUAUGUACAAUUAUCAAUGAAAUGCAUUAUAAUGGA